AUGAUUCCUCAAACUGUAAUACAAAGAACUUAUGCACGUGUACCGCCUAUUUAUACUUCUAAUUGUCAAAAGUUGCAAACACCAACAACAGGAUCUAAUUUGGCUUUACAAAACACUGUUUCUUCUAAAAGAGGAAGACGAUCAAAUGUCCCGCCUGAAAUUAGAGAACAAACUCGUCGGUUGAAGAAACAAAAUAUGGAACGUAGACGACGUGCAUGUAUCUCGGAUAAAAUGAAUGCAUUGCAUAAUUUAGCUAUGAAUCUAAUUGGAAUUGAUCCAAAUGAAUGUCAUAAAGUGGAAAAAGCUGAUAUAUUGAAUUUGUGUCAUAGUGUAUUUAAAGGAAUUGCUAAUAUUGCGAAGGAUGAACCUGAGAUACAAACACGUUUAAGAAAAUUGCGUCAUAAUUUAAUGGGCUCAUCCUCUUGCACUACUUCAAUGUCACACGAAUCAACAAGUAGCUUUAAUGAACGAAAAUGCGAUAAUGAUAAACCUUGUUCUCAAAAUAAAAAGAUUCAAGAGGAGAAUCAAUUUCAAGAGAACAAGGAGCCUCAUCUUGAACAUCAUCAUCAUCAUCAUCUGUACUCGAACAACACAAUCUCCCUGUCCAGUACACCAACAUUAUUAGCAACACCAAUUCCAUGUGGUGAUAAGAAACAACACAUAGAUGAAAGUAAUAAAGAGAAUAAAAUACCAAAAUUAAUCAUUAAAAAUCCUUUAUCAUUUAAAAAUUAUCCUAUGAAUGAUUGUAAUCAAUCGUCUAUAAUUAAAACACCUACUUCUUUAUCAAUGAAUCCCAUAUAUUCACACAGUAUCAUUCAUUCACAAAAUAAUAAUGAAACCACAACACAAUGGCAAUCAACACCUUUACAAUAUUUGAACAAAUUGAAUUCAACAUUAAAUAAUUCUGAUAGUGGUUUUGUGAAUAACAGUAAUCAAUCGAUAGAAUUAACGCCUCAUCGGAAAAAAGUACCGAUUUGUAAAGAACACCAUUUUAAUGAACUUACUACUGAUUCCACUGAGUCAUCUGCAUUGUUGAAUUAUUCAAAUGGGAAAAAUUUACCAUCAUGGUCAUCAUCAUCAUCAUCAUCAUCGAAAUUUAUGUCAGAGGAACAUUUAUCUGCAUUUAGUGUACCAGUAAGAAAACCACUUACUGUUAUUACAAAUCAGUCAAUUCAUAAUCAUUAUCAUCGAGAUCAGAAAUCCAGUACAAUGGAUAGUACAAUCCCCACGUCUACAUCUACAUCUGAGAGUACAAUAACACCGAUUAGAAAUAUUGUUAAACCAAUGUGGAGACCAUAUUUAGAUUAG